AUGUUACGAAACCACCCUUACCUCCCCGAAGAUCUUCAGGAAGCAUUGGAACACUUGGCAUCUAUUGAUCUGAUUGACUUAUGCAAUGAGGCUAAAGUUGAGCGCUGUCGGGCAACAAGAGACCUGAGAAGCUGUGGGCGAUAUGUAAUGGAUGUGCUCAUCUCUUGUGGACAUGCUUCAUUAUGUGCAGAGUGUAGCCAGCGGUGUGAUGUCUGCCCAAUUUGUAGAAUUCCAAUACCAAAAAAUGGCAAAAAAUUACGUCGUCGUCUUUACGAUCAGUGUUCAGAAGCUCGCCUUAUAUCCAAAAAGAGAUUUCAAGAGAAAGAGGAUGGGGAGGAGCAUAUAUCUGCUGACGUCCAACGUCUUUAUUCUCUAUUUGAUGUCGCCCUGGAGAAUAACUUAGUUUCUUUGAUAUGCCACUAUGUUACAGAUGUUUGUUUGGAUGAAAGUGCAGUGUCCAGUGAUCCUGUUAUUGCUUUUUUAUUGGAUGAAGUGGUUGUUAAGGAUUGGUGCAAACGAACAUUCCAGAACAUCAUCACAGAACUUCAAGGCAUUUAUAAUCUUGAAACAGAACAGAUGAAAUCUAUGUUGAGUGCACUUCUUAAGUUCUCAGCACAAUUGGCUGGCAUAUCUAAUGUGCUUGAUGUUCUGGAUUCAUCUUUUAAGGGCUCUCUUUCAGCUCAGCUUCAAGACUUGCACCAGCUUCAAGAGAGCAUAUUGAAGACAACGCAGCAUAUGGAGGCCAUGAUAUGGUGUCUACGACAUGAAUUCCUUGAGAAUGUGAGGCCUAGCAAUGCUAAUUUCACAUUGUGGUGUUCUCUUGUACGGGAAAGGAAGUCAGCUGCAAUUAAGCGUUCUUGGCCUGAUGCAGUAAAUAACUCUGAAGAGCCCACGGGACAGGAAGGUACCCUGUUUAUUGAAGACGCCCUGGUAAAUCUGGAGAUUGAGCAGGGAAAUACAGUGAAACUGGUAGAAGAAUUAAAACUUGCAUCUUUGCAGAAGGAUGGAGUCUCAUCAAUUUUCAGUUCUGAGAUAGGGGGGGUUGCAGGAUGCUAUCCAUUUGAAAAUGUUCGAGCUGCUGUUGAUAUACUUUUUCUAUGUGGUAGUUCAGAUUUGGUGGUUGCGAAGCAAGCAAUUUUUCUGUACUACCUAUUUGAUCGGCAUUGGACAAUGCCUGAUGAGCAAUGGAGACACAUUGUAGAGGAUUUUGGAGCUACCUUUGGCAUACCCAGGCAUUUAUUAUUGGAAUCCUUAAUUUUUUAUCUCUUGGAUGAUCACACAGAUGAGGCUCUGCAGGAAGCUUGUCACCUUCUUCCAGAGAUCUCAGGCCCAGCAACUCAUCCUAAGAUUGCACAAGUACUACUAGAAAGGGGGAACCCUGAUACAGCCCUUUCGGUUUUACGAUGGUCCGGGCGUGAUGGUACAUCAAAACCAAUUUCACUUAGUGAGGCUGUAACUGCAGUUCGGGUAAGGGUAGAGUGUGGACUUUUUACCGAAGCAUUUAUACAUCAAAGAAUGCUUUGCACCAAAGUCAAGGAGAAGAAGUUGAAGUGUGGACAAUUUGGUGAUGUAACUGAUGAUUCAACAUUCAAAUAUAGGGGUUGGGAAGACUGGGUGGAGAUAUUGGUUACUGAAAUUUGUGUCCUUUGUAUACGAAGGAACAUGGUAGAUCGAAUGAUAGAGUUGCCAUGGAAUUCUGAUGAAGAGAAACAUCUCCAUAAGUGCUUGUUAGAUUAUACUAUUGAUGAUCCUUCCUCAAUUAUUGGAAGCCUUCUUGUCGUAUUCUAUAUUCAGCGCUACCGGUACUCUGAAGCUUACCAUGUUGAUCAAAUACUUAAAAACGCGGAGCAGGAGUUCAUCUCAAAGAAUUCUGUCAGUGAAGAAGUUUUAUCUAGAAUGAGAUCAAUGAGUGGCUGGAGAACAGGAUUAAUUGAUAAAUGCAUGGAGUUGCUACCAGAAGUCCAACGACAACAAGUAAAGGCUGGAAAGUUUCUUGAGAUAUCUGGUGCCACCUCUAGCGAAGUUGAAAUUUCAGCAACAUGUCCUCUUCCUGAGGUGCAAGUGUCAAAAUCAACUAGUUUACUGAUUCCUUCGUCCGUUGAUAUUUCUCAUGCUUUAUGGAUGGAUCGCAUGAAUCCUUCCUGGAAAUCUUCAAUAUCUGAAACCCCCCAAAAAAGAGUGGCGUUAGUUGACAGUUAUCGCUCUGACCUAGGUAACCAUGGUUCUUCAGUUCUGCAUGAAAGGUUAUUUACCAUUUCUGAAAUGCAAUGGAAGCCUGAUAAUAGCAUAAACAAGUCCUUCAAUUUUGAGGAUGCAUCGACUCCUGAAAUUCAUUGGGAUACUCCCUCCUCAGCAGUUAAGGGUGGGAACAGGAGUUCAUUUAAAUUACUUUCAAAUAGCCAUCUCCAGGACAAUCAAUAUGAUAAGAUGUCACCAGAAACCGAAAAGAACAGGAGCUUCAACCCUUUCAGAAAUACAAGUCCUUUACACUACUACAGCGCUAAUUCUAAUCCAGUAACUACACCAAGCAGCAACAAUGGCCAGUUUAAAGAUUCUGCAAUGAACCCGCAUCGCGUGUCCAGUAAGGCAUAUUAUCCAGAUAGGGAUGAUAGACCUUGGGAUAUGGUUUCCAAGGAUGACUCAAUGGACAUUUCCUUGAGCUAUGGAGAAAAGAGUUUUGGAAUUGAGGACAGAAAUUUGAAUCAUGGACCAAGAUGGAGGUCUGAUGAAACCAGUGACGAGGAAGAGGAGCAGAGUCCACAGAAAGCCAUUGACAUCACUCAUCAUACCCCUACUAGUACUACAAGGGGAGUCAGAAGAAGCAGAUUUUCCAAGAGAUGA